AUGGUCCCCAGAUCCCCUUCCGCCUCCGCCUCCCAGCCCCUCAUCUCCGCCGCCCUCGCCGCCGCGGCCGCCCUAGCCGCCGCCCUCGCCGCCAGUAUCACCGCCCUCGCUGCCCCCGCCGCCCUCGCCGCCCUCUCCGCCACCCCCGACGCCGCCCGACGCGCCACCAAUCUCGCCGCCACCGCCGCCGCCAACCCCACUCUCCCCAGAGCCGUCGCCACCGCCGCCGCCGCUGCCGUCCUCACCGUCGCCGAAAGCGCCCGAGCCCUCUCCGCCGCCGCCGCCAGCACCGUACGCGUCGAGCUCCGCUUCUUCGCCUUCGACUCGUGGGACAGGAAGGAGGAGGUCCAGAUCUACCUCAACGGCGAGCUCGCGCUGUCUUUCCAACCUCUUCCCGAGGUUGGAAACCCGGCGCCGUCUCGAAUAUCGACAGACUGCGGGAAUGGGGGUGCGAGUCCUGGUCGCACCCGGGUCGCCGUCGCUGCCGCCGCCACCUUCCCCGCCCUCGCCGCCCUCAUGGCCACCCCCGCCGCCGCCCUCGGCGCCGCCCUCACCGCCCUUACCCCCUUCGCCACCGUCGUUGCCGCCGCCUCCACCCGUGCCGCCGCCGCCCGCACCGCCGCCGCCCGAACUGCCUCCGACAAACCCUCCCAGCCCGCCCGGGCCAUCCUCGCCGCCGCAACCUUCUUCACCGCCCUCUCCACCUCCGUCACCGCCGCCGCCCUCGCCACCACCCUCGCCGCCUCCGCCCUCUCCACCUCCGUCACCGCCGCCGCCCUCGCCGCCGCCGCCCUCGCCGCCGCCGCCCUCGCCGCCGCCGCCGUCUCCGCCUCCACCCUCGCCUCCACCCUCGCCGCCGCCGCCCUCGCCGCCGCCGCCCUCGCCGCCGCCGCCCUCGCCGCCGCCGCUGUCUCCGCCUCCACCCUCGCCUCCACCCUCGCCGCCGCCGCCCUCGCCGCCACCACCCUCGCCGCCUCCGCCCUCUCCACCUCCGUCACCGCCGCCGCCCUCGCCGCCGCCGCCCUCGCCGCCGCCGCCCUCGCCGCCGCCGCCGUCUCCGCCUCCACCACCGCCUCCACCCUCGCCGCCGCCGCCCUCGCCGCCCCCACCCUCACCGCCACCCCCGUCGCCGCCACCACCCUUCCCGCCGUCUCCGCCUCCAACACCGCCUCCACCCUCGCCGCCGCCGCCCUCGCCGCCCCCACCCUCACCGCCACCCCCGUCGCCGCCACCACCCUUCCCGCCGUCUCCGCCUCCAACACCGCCUCCACCCUCGCCGCCGCCGCCCUCGCCGCCCCCACCCUCACCGCCACCCCCGUCGCCGCCACCACCCUUCCCGCCUCCUCCGGCCCGCCGCCGCCGCCGCCGCCGCCUCCACUGGCGCCGCCUCCGCUGUCGCCGCCUCCGCUGUCGCCGCCUCGAGUUGUUGAAGCGCAAAAAGCCUUCAUCGCGGAGCCCGCGGGCUAUGCCACGAUUGGCGUAGGCAUAGUGGUCGUGCUCCUCCUCAUAUGUCUUGGCGUCGGCUGCUACCGCAAGAGGAGGCGGCGCAAGCGGCCCGGGAAUCGGGAUUCGACGGCCGGCGUUGCGCGGACCGCGCCAACCACCGGCGUCGGCGACAGGACACUGACGCGCGCCAGGUCGAGAGGACCCGGGGGGGUGGGAUUCGACGGCCCGCCGGACGAGGAGAUGGGCGGCUUCACCCCACGGACCUCUGUGCGCGCCGUUAACGCGAUGGUCGCUGCCGACGCCGCCGCCAACGAGGCCGCUCCCGGUUCUCGCCGGUCGAUGCGCGAGAUCAGAGACGAGCUGUCUCGGCGGAGCGCCUCCUCGAUGCGCUCUUCGACCUCACCCGGGUCGCAGGCAGGACAGGGGCCGCUCUCGCCAGCGGCCGCUCCAGCCGGAAGCGACCCUGUCGCCGGCGACACCGUCCUUGCGCACGGGCGGAGAUGCACCGUCCAGUACGUCACGUCCAAGGGUCUGUACGACCUCAAGCCGGUCGGAGGCGGGGACCCUCUGUACGGGGUUGCGCUGGCCGACAUCGAGGUCCCCAGAAGCACCCCUCCUCCCCCUCCACCCCCUCCACCGCCUCCGCCGCCGCCGCCGCCGCCUGCUGCGGCCCAAGCAAGCCCUCCGCCGGAGUCUGGCGACACCGUCCUUGCGUACGGGCGGAGAUGCACCGUCCAGUACGUCACGUCCAAGGGUCUGUACGACCUCAAGCCGGUCGGAGGCGGGGACCCUCUGUACGGGGUUGCGCUGGCCGACAUCGAGGCUGAGGCCAACACGCCUCAGACGCCGCAGCUCUCGGACAUGACGCCGGAGGACGCGAUCGAGGAGAUUGAGCGCCUGACCGAGGCGGGCGAGGAGGUGCCCGAGCGGCUGUGGGCGGUCGCCGAGCGGGCGGUCGCCGAGCGGGACACCCCCGCCGUUCGGGGAGAGCAGGAUACCCCCGUCGUCGGGGGCGAAUGCGACGCCGGUGAUGUGGAUCCGAACACGGAUAGCAAGGUUACGCCGUGGAGGCAGCAACGGCAGUACCUGACUGCGGCGGCGAGCGCCGCAGAGACGCCUCCAACCGACCCCGCCCCCGCCCGGCCUCAAUCUCCCCGCAAAUCUCCCCGCGGGCGGCAGUCUCCCCGGCUUCACUCUCGCGCUGCGGUCGUUCGGCGCUCGGAUGACGACCAGGAGGAGCGCGACAUGGACCUCGCGAUGGCGGCGUCCCUUGCUGUGUCGUCGGCGGGGGAGGCCGCUACGCCGGCCUUGGAAGCGAUCGACGAGGAGGAGGACCCGCCGACGCCGCAAUCGCAGCAGCGUCGCUCAAAACAUGGUGUGCUCCUGAGCUCGCGCAGCGCCACAGCCGGGAACGAGGAUUUGCUCCCUGAGGACAACAAGAUCCCCGCUGCUUCACCGCCGCCGCGGCCGCCGCCACCACCACCUCCUCCUCCUCCUGGUGGUCCUCCGAUUCCUACGACCAACAAGGCCUCCGCUGCACCGCCGCCGCGGCCGCCACCUCCUCCUCCUCCUCCUGGUGGUCCUCCGUUUCCUACGACCAACAAGGCCUCCGCUGCUUCACCGCCGCCGCGGCCGCCACCUCCUCCUCCUCCUCCUGGUGGUCCUCCGUUUCCUACGACCCUUCCCCCUCCACCGCCGCCACCUCCUCCUCCCGCAGAGGCGGACGCGGACCCGGCGGCGGACCGCGCUGCAGCCUCGCGCGACAGUGGAGACGAGAGGCUUAGCCCGCGCAGGCGCAGAGACAGCGGGGAGCUGUGGGACGCCGCCAGUGACGACUCCGGCCUGUCUGUCGAUGGGCCAGCGGACAGCGACGCCGCAAGCGACGACUCUGGCCUCGCCGUCGACCGCCGCGCUGAGCCCGAGGCGGUGGAGGGUGCCGCAGCGGUCGUUGCCAGAGUCCUGGCCAAUGCUGGCGGCGGCGGCGAUGGCGAGGCUUCCUCCCCGCCCGCCCCGGCGGCGGUCGAGCUUCCGCCCAUCAGCGAGGCGGAGCAGCGGGCGUACGACGGCCUCUUCAGCUCCGCCGCCAAGGGCUGCGCGACCGUGAGCCGCGCCGCGGCGGCGCCCGUCUUUGCGUCUGCGUCGGUGGGCGAGGGGGACGUGGACCACAUCUGGGGGCUCUGCGUGUCGGCGCGCGGCUCCGACACGGCGGCCAGCCGGUCCGAGGACGAGCUGAGCUCAGCUGAGUUCGCGGCGGCGCUGCACCUCGCCGCCGCCAACGUGCGCGGCCUCCUGCCCGGCGGGCUGCCUCCGACCAUGCCCGGCAGCCUCGCGCUGUACGUCUUCGAGGCGGAGGAGGCGGCCGAGGCGGCCGAGGCGGCCGAGGCGACGGCGCAGUUGCGCCACGACGCCGCUCAGCGCAUGGCGCGCGCUGCGUCGUUUGCUUCGCAGGCAUCAGUGUCCUCGCACGAGGAAGAGAAGGAGGGGGGCGAGGGCUCGGUCCCGCCUGACAUGAAGCCAGAGGAGGCGCUUGCACUGAUCGAGGAGCUCACGGCAGCGGGCGAGGAGGUGCCCGAGACGCUGUGGAAUAUCGCUGAACAGGGCGAGGACGGGGACGACAGGGACGACCUCGACGUCGACAUCGACGACGAAGGGGGCGACUACGGCGCGGCCACCGCCCCGGCGGCGGUCGAGCUUCCGCCCAUCAGCGAGGCGGAGCAGCGGGCGUACGACGGCCUCUUCAGCUCCGCCGCCAAGGGCUGCGCGACCGUGAGCCGCGCCGCGGCGGCGCCCGUCUUUGCGUCUGCGUCGGUGGGCGAGGGGGACGUGGACCACAUCUGGGGGCUCUGCGUGUCGGCGCGCGGCUCCGACACGGCGGCCAGCCGGUCCGAGGACGAGCUGAGCUCAGCUGAGUUCGCGGCGGCGCUGCACCUCGCCGCCGCCAGCGUGCGCGGCCUCCUGCCCGGCGGGCUGCCUCCGAGCAUGCCCGGCAGCCUCGCGCUGUACGUCUUCGAGGCGGAGGAGGCGGCCGAGGCGGUGGGCGAUUCUCCGGGCACGGGGGACACGGCUGGUAGGCCCGACUUGACGCCCGAGGAGGCGACGGAGGCGAUCGAGCAGGCGCUCGAGGCGGGCGAGGCGGUGCCAGAGUGGCUAUUUGCGCUGGCCCAGCCGCGCGAGACGGCCGCCGAGUCGCGUCCAGCCGCCACAGUGCGUCCGCUGAACCUUCAAGGCGGAAGCGCGCCGGCUCGGCCGACGGCAGGAGCGGCAGGUGGCGCGAAGACGACGAAGGACGAGAAGAAGGCGGCGGCGCUGCAGCUGAAGCAGCGAAAGAAGGACGCCGCGGAGGCGAAGGCACAGGAGAAGGCCGCGGCUGCCGAGGCGCGGAGGGCUGCCAAAGCCGCCGCGCCGGCUCCGCCCACGGCCGGCGCGGCCUCGUCGAGCGGCGCGAAGCCGGCCAAGGACGAGAAGAAGGCGGCGGCGCUGCAGCUGAGGCAGCAAAAGGAGGAGGAGAAGGCGAGGGCGGCGCAGGAGAAGGCGCGCGUCCGCAAAGAGAAGGCGGAAGAGAAGGCCGCUGCCGCGGAGGCGAAGAGGGCUGCCAAAGCGGCGCGCGAUGGCUCAACGCAACCUGUCUGGCAAUGA